UUGCGUUCACUUCGCUACCAUUUCACGACAAAUAUAUGUUAUUUUAGUUUUUCAAAAUAUAUGUUCAAUACACGUUCGUUAAUAACAAAUCUUUAAUACACAAUAGUUCAAUGAAUACAGUAUACCAUAAUGCCGUUCGGGACAGGAGUCAACUUCUUUUAAGUUUUCCUAGGCUAGUAUAUGUAGUAUUUGCAGGAUAUAAAUGCUAUUAAAGAUAACAUAUCCGUACUCACUGAACCUACCUCUACAUGUCGACUAUAACCUUUUUUAUAACGACAAUGUCCGUCGGUUGCAUCAUAUUUAUUUAAGACCUGAAAACAUACAUGUAUGAAUGGUUACAUUGAUAUCCUUCCUUAAUAUUAAACCUUAAAGAUACAUGAAAUUUGGCUUAUUAAAAGUUUCUUAAAACCAAACUUUAAUCGGCUCAGACGAGCAAGCCUCUACCCGUUUGUUUACUUAUUAUUUAGAUGUGUGUACGGGUUUUUAAAGUGUUUUCGUUAGUGGGAUCCCAGUAUGACUCGAUCUAUUUAGCCACGCAUCGGGUUCCCAUUGAUGUCAGUUGUGUGAUAAGGAUUUUUUAAUUUCCGAAAAUCAGGUGAUUAAUUUUCUAAACCUGACUUCGAGCUUUAAGUAGCUAAUGAAUUUGUGAGAAUUAUUUUCAUUAUGGAGUUUUGUAAAGAAGAGAGGAAGGAAAAUAAGAAGAUGGCGAACACUGACAAAAACGACAAAACUGCAGUUUGCUGGCAGUACUCAGAUGAGUUUUCAGAGACAAACCUUCACUUACUUGAAAACGAAAUUCUCAGUGACAUAUCAUUCGCUGCUGGAGAGGAAAGAACGAUUGUCCGUGCCCACAAGAUGAUCCUAGCAAGCAGGAGCCCUGUUUUCUUUGCCAUGUUCUGUGGGUUACUUAAAGAAACUUCAACUGUAGUGGACAUACCUGAUAUCAAAGCUGAUGCCUUUAGAUUAUUUUUAAAGUAUUUAUAUACAAGAUCAUGUGACACGAAUGCAAACACAGUGACGUCUUUGCUGUACUGUGCGAAGAAAUAUGAUGUCCCGUCACUGCAAACGAUCUGCCGGGAUUUCCUCAGAAAUGCCAUAAAUGUUCUGAAUGUGUGCACCGUUCUAGAGGAGUCAUUACACUUUCAAGAAGACCAGCUUAAAGAGGAGUGUAUUGGUUUUAUUUCUCAGAAUACAAUUGCAGUGCUCAAGACAAAAUCAUUUAAAAAACUUCCUACGAAUACCGUUAAACUACUUCUUGAAGACGAUGCACUGAACUGCAAGGAAAUCCAUAUUUAUUCUGCAUUGAAGGCGUGGGGUGUAUAUGCUUGCAAACGAAAGGGAACAAUUAUUCCAACAGCUGAAAAUAUACGUGUGGAAAUCGGUGAUCUGAUCAAGUUGAUUCGAUUUCCAACAAUGAGUGUGGAAGAUUUUUCUAAAUAUGUUGCUAAAGACUUAGUUUUAACACCAGAGGAAAAGCUGGCUUCCUAUCAGGACAUUGUUCUUGGAGAAAAGAUAUCUGGAUAUCCAAACACACCUAGACAAGAAUCUACAAAUCAGUAUAGGGUUAUGAGAUUCCUUUCCAUAACAACUCGGAAAAUGUCAAUAGGAAUGCAAUCUAAUGGCAUUGGUUUUACCGUUUCAAGAACAUGUACACUUCACGGAGCGAUGCUUUUUCGUCCAGCUACUUCAGGAAUGAUCACUGGCAUGUUUGCUGUCAGUGACAAUUUAGAUAAAAUGUUAGUUAAAUCAAAUUUAUCUAUUAAAUAUGAAAUAGGAAAUACCACGCUCGACCAUUUAUUCUCCCCAAUACGAUUGAAACCCGGGGGAAAUUACUGCGUUCAAUAUAAUUUUGAAAUGACUGGCAAUUGUUUAAAAACAUACUGCGGAAAAGAUCCACAACCGACUAAUGCAGAUAAUGUUCAAAUACAAUUUGCAGAUAUCCAGUUCGAAGAGGGCACAAACAAUACAACAGUGUCUUCUGGCCAGAUUUUAGGACUGUUGAUCGGGGUGAAAAGCUAAAUAGGCUAUUAAAAAUAAUGGUUAGAAAAGUUGAAAAAAUGCCUGAAUUUAAAUUAUCAUUGAAUACUAGGUUGCAUGCCUAGUUUUGAUGAACAAUCUUUGUAGUGUACAAAAUUGAUUUUGUAUAGAGAAAAUAAAUCAUAUUAACAUUUUUAUCAAACUUUUAUUUAACUAAAUAUGAAAUAAAAACACAAUACAUGAACACUUUCAAUGUCAUUUUUUCUUGAAAAAACCUUAGUUGACAUGUCUCCCAAAUAUCAUUUCAGUAGCUCUAAUGUCAGCAUACAUUAAUAGAAUGUUAAAUUUACUCAGUCGCUCAAAAUUUCUGAAGAAUUUGAUUUUUUGUAGUUUUUGAACCAAGGAAAUUUUAGAUUCAAAGGUAUUUUCUUUAUUUUCUAUUUAAACCGUGCAAUUAAACUAUCUUUUUUUACAUGUUCAUAGAAUUCAAACAGUAACUAGUGACAUUAACAAAGACAUCUUAGGAGGCAUUAUGAUUUCACUUCACGCAGCAAAAAUCAAAACAGGAACAAUAUUUUAAGAAAUUGUUACACUCCUGUCAUAUGUAGAUCAUAACCAUUAACUAGAUUUCACAUAAAAAUUCUCAGUAUCAAUUGAAAGAAAUGCAAUUACAAAGUAAAUGAUAGCCAAUGAAACAUUAUUAAACAAAUUUAGCAUUGACACAGUGAUUUUACAUUAUUUGAAAAAUGUUUUUAAAACCAUACAAAAAGUCUACUGUUACUUAAUUCUUGCUCAACUUGUAAAACAUUGUAAAACUCAAAUGAAAUAACAGUAAAGCACUACAACAGUAACACUUUUAUUUCAUUAACUUAAUGGUAUUCAGUGUUGGUAACUAGAUACAACUGUUCCCAAUUGUUACACUUCUGACGAAAUAUUUAACGCUCAAGUUACUUUGUAUCGAAUUUCAAUUUUAACCCAAGACCAAACAUAAGUGUUGGCAGUGAUUAGUUUCUUAGUAUAUCAUCUGGAAAUUGCCAUGAUAUAUCAUCUGUGUACAUCCCCUUGGAGGAAGCUCACUGCAAAACUCUAAUCUAAAUAUCUGAGCCAUCCACAAUUAAGACAUGUUCAUUAGAAAGUCAUAUUUUACAUAAAAUAUCUGCCCAUCUAUUAUAUAUGGUAAAUGAUAUAAUAAUAUAACUUUAUUUCACAUCUACUGUUGAAUAUCUAUUUUGCCUUUGCUAUGUAAAGAUACUUAGUGGCACUGACGUGACUUUCGCAACACUUUAUUUAUAUUGUGGCCACAACUAAGUAGCUUGAGGCCACAACAUAGUAACUUAAGGCCACAACUUAUUAAAACGUGACAACAAUUUAUUUACUUGUGACAACAACUUAGUACCUACUAUUAAUUACUAUGCUGUGGCCACGAUUUCAUAAGUCAUGGCCACAUGUAACUAAGUUCUGCCCUCCAGUAACUAAGUUGUGGCCACAAUAUAAAUAAAGUGCUGUCACCUCUGUGUCACCGUAGAGACUUUUUCUUUCUGCAUACUGUCGAACUAUCAGCCAGGAAAUGAUCUGGUACAAAUUGAAAGUAAUGGCUCAUAAAAAUUAUGAAUAUAGUUCGCAUCGCAAUUCUCACAGUCCCUGUCGACACAUGUCUGCUAUGUAUAGUGUCAAAAGGACAUACUGAUAUGUCAGACAGUUCUCUGUGGUCUAGGCUGCCUUUUUCAAUGCAUUUAUCUGCUGUCCUAGACUUAGUUUUUUUAACUAAGCAAUUGGCGUUUAGGUGCCGGUAUAUGAUUUCCAUGAAUAUGCACGGCGUCUUUUUUGUUGGGCAAGAUUCUUCCUCUUCUUGUAUCUAUUUAGACAUGACAUUCUUCUGGCCUUAUCGACUAUCUCUCUUGUUUGCAGAUGCCAACUUACUUUUGACAUUUUUGUUCUCAUAUUUUUGGACGGCCGACUUCGCUUACUUCCAAGAGUUUCCUCCACAACUUUAUGGUCAUCUUUGUCAACCAACUUUGAUCGUCUGAUAGCAGUUGUCUUUAAUUUACUAAAAGCUUUAUAGUCUUGGCCCAAGCUUUGGGUCUUUCUAAAAGAUUCCUCAUAAUUCAGCUUUUUUUGAUUUGGCUUGGUUCUUGUGUUUCCUUAUUUCCUUUUCAAUUUGUAAAAAUUAACAUUGUCUUAUUCAAGAUAUUCUCGGUAUAACCUAAUUCUUUCCUGACUUUCUUCCCUGUAUUUAAACUUUCCUUGUUUCUUAGUGCCCCUUUGUAAGCCUGGAAGGCUUACAAUUAAUUUGUUUAUAUUUCAAAUGAUACUUCUUCUGUAAAAAAAAUAGUAUUCACACUCAUAAACAAUAUUUGGUCAGGAGUGUAACAUUGAAGGACAUGUCAACAGUAAUGCUGGAAAUAAAAGUCAUAUAGGUUUAAAUGAAUUAAAUUAUAGAACAGGGCCAUCUGUUUGCCUCAUUGUAGCAAAAAGUACCAUUUGUUGAUUGUCUGCCACUGUAUGAUUUUUCUAUUAGUUGCAUAGUAAUUAAGUUGUUAUAAAUUAAAACAUUUUUGAUUACAUUAAUAGGCAUCAAUGGUUUAAACUUACCUUAUUAACAUCAGAUUAAAAAAGGUAUUUUUCACUUCUCAUUUGAAAUCUUAACAUUUGUACAAUUAUACUGUAAUACUUCUGAAAAUGUUGAUAUAAUAAUAUGCCUAAAAUUCGCGAAAAAAUGUUACACUCCUGACGGGCACGUAUCAUCUAAAUGCUCAGUAACCAAUCACUAACUUCACUUAUGAUCAUUUCUUAUUAUCACUCCAUGAUAUAGACUUCCAGGAAACACCCUGAUUAGUACAUUUGUUAACUGUUCACCAAAACUGUGUUUCAUUUUAUACCAAAUGUUACACUCCUGACAUUUUUAGGCCAGCUUCUUUCUAGAAAGCUAAACAACAGCAAGAGUAAUAACACACAAAAUAAAUUGUACACAUGUAAUAAUGAUAUUAUCCUGAACUUUAAAUAAAUCAAUUGCAAGUUAUAUGAUAAUUAAUCCGAGCUAUACUUUAAGAAAAAACUUUAAAAAAAAAAAACUGAGGAAAAAAUUCAAACACACAUUAUCAGUAUCAGUAAUAUUUCAUGUACAAAAUGUAUAAAUAAAAGAAUAUUGAUGAAAUAUUUUAUCACCUUGAGGUCAACAUAUGUAUUUUUUUGGUUAAUAAAGUUAUUACUUUGUCAUUCGCCAAUGUUGUUUACAGUAAUGCUUUGAAUUGAGUACUUUUUGUAAAGUGUCACGUUUUUUUGUUACACUCCUGACAAAUUUGGCCUGUUUUAUGUGCAUAACUGUUUUACCAGUGAAGCUAAUUCAGUCAAACUUCUCAGACUUUUAGAUGACACAAAAAUGCAAGAUAUGGGAAAGAAGAAAUGAUGAUUAUUUGUAUAUUAUACAUUUUAUUUAGACAAUACUCAAAAUAGCCCAAAUCAGGCUUUAAGUACUCUGAAUUGUAUUCCUUCGUCUGCAGAUAGAGAUGGGAUCCCUAAUCAUUGGGACUUGGGAUUUACCUAUUAGUCGAUUAUUAUUUGUUUUAUUCUUAAAUUUUCUCAAGUAAGUGCAUAUUUUGAUAAUACUUACCAUUUACGUUUUUACUUUAUUCAGGAUUGUUGGGAUAAGAGUGAGGCUGUGUAUACAAAUUAGUUUAAACCCCUAGUAAAUUUACAUUUUACUGAGCGUUUUAAGGUUGGAGCCAACAAUCCUUGAUUAACACCUUUAGUUGUAUAUAUAUAUUAUAUAUGUGGUGUGUUGUUUGUGAAAUUUUGUGUUGUUAUUCCAUGUUUUUGGUUUGGAAUUGUGUGAUUUUGUGUCCUAUGUCAUUGGCAUUGACCAUGUGCCAUAAAAAAACGGGGUUUAUGUGUUAAAUAUUCGACUACUGGACUUGUUUCUGUAAUUUUUCAUAUUGAUGUUGAUAUUCAAGUAACAUUGCGGUUAAAACCAUAGUGUUGAUUUGUUUUUCGAAAAACAAAAAAAAACUUCUAAAACUUAUUUUCUUUCUAAAACAUUUUUGGAACCUGCUUUUGGCUUUCCAAAAAAAAAAGUUAAGAUCUAUUUAAUACUUAAAUGAUAAAUGUUUCUACUGUCAUAAAUCUAAGAAUUGACAUGAUUUUAAAGGUAAGAUUAAAAUAACGUCACUAUUAAAGUUGAAAGUUGUAAUUUUGUAUCCUUAAUUUACAUGUUUCUGUUUGAAACGUUACGGAUGUUUGAAUAUUGAACAUUUUAAAUAAUCCAGAGAUUAUUUGAUUCAGGGAAUCACAAUUUUAAAUCCGAUAAAUCUGUUUAUCAGCCAUUACGAUUUUCUAUCAAUUUCGAUAACUGAACAUGUGUUGUUAUAAUAAUAUGUCUGUUUUCAUCUUUUCAAAAAUUGCCUCAUAUAUGUAUGUUUUAUAUUAAUCCCCUGCCAAAAGGCAAGAUCGAUAACGUAAUGGUAGGCGUGUGUGUGCGUGCGUGUAUGUAUGUGUGUGUCAGGGCAAAUUUCUUUGAGGUAUUGACCUUAAACUUCAUAUAUAGAUAAAUCUCAUUUAGGGUAAUUACACUGCACAGAAACCAUAACAUUGGCUGUAAAUAUUUAGUUAUUGCUCUUUGUUAAUAUCCAAACAUAUAUUUUGUCCGGAGCAUAACUCGAAAAGUGUUUUAGGAAUUGACUUCAAAUUUUAAAACAGUAAAAAAAUAUUAUUAUGGAAAAGCGCCCAGGAACAAUAAGUUAAAAUUUGUCUGUGAUAUCUUCAUUUAUUGUAAAUAUUUAUUUUCAUACUUAUUGUUUGACAGGAGCAUAACUUGAAAAUUAUAUAUAAAUAUAUUCUAACAUUAACGGAGAUGUGCAGGGCAUAGGUACCAUCAUUUGGCUGUAGUCAUUUUUAGCUAUGGCCCUUUGUUAAAUUCCAUUCUAUUUUCUUUUGUCCAGAGCAUUACUCAAAAAGUGUUUAAGGUAUUAACAUCGUAUACAGAUAUAUCUCAUUAAGGAAACGUUCACUGCACAUGAACCAUAACUCUGGCUUCAACAUGUAUUUUAUUCAUAGCCCUUUGUUAUUUUCCAUACACAUUGUUUUCUCCGGAACAUAACUCACACAGUGUUUAGGUAUUUACUUCAAACUUCGUAUACAGAUAUAUCACAUUAAGGAAAGAUCACUACACAUGACAAUAACUUUGGCUGCAGUAUUGUUUUAGGUGUUUCCUUUCUUUAUUUCCUUACUUACUUUUUGACCGGAGCAUAUUAACUUGAAACGUCUUUGAGGUAUCGACUUCAAACUUCAUAUACAGAAAGAGCUCGUUAAGGAAUGAUACAGUGCACAGUAAACAUAACUCCGGUUCAGUAUGUUUUACUCAUAGCUAUUUCUUAUUUUACAUACCUAUUGGUUUGUCCGGAUCAUAACUCAGAGUCCACAAACAGUAUUGGCUUUGGUUGCAUUGUAUUAGAUAAUGCCCUUUGUUCAUUUACAUUCUUAUUUUUUACCUUAACAUAUCUUGACAAGUCGAAUACAUACUUCAAACUUGCCAUACCGAUAGAUCACAAUGAGAAAGAGUGCACAGAAACCAUAACUCUGGUUGCAGUAUUCUUUAAUGAUUGCCCCCUGUUCAUUCAAUACUAUAUAUAUAUAUAUAUUAUGAGUUUUCAUACUAAUUUUUGUCCGGAGCAUAACUUGAUAAGAUUAUAAGUUAUUGUAUGCUAUGCUUUAUACUUUAAACAUACAUAUGUUUUAAGCAAAAGAAAUCGUAUAAUAUCCGUUACAUAUUAUACGUUACUUAAACAUGUGUGUUUCUCAUUCAAAAUAGCCCAUGAGUUUUUGUAAAACGUUCUUAAGUAUGUAUUGUAUGCCUUUUAUAGGUUUCUUAAUGUUUGGCUAGCAGGAAACCUUUUGAGCAUUAAAAUAGCAAUACCUAAACUUAUUGUUUUUAUUGUUAAUAUUAUAGCUGAUACUUAUUCAUUUCUUUUCAUGUCUGUUAUACUCAUUCAAUUUAUUAAAAAUAAUGAAAAAAAUGUAAUGAACAUAUAUAACAAAUGCACAUAUACGUUUGUACGGUUUAAGCCGUUAUACCUGUCGACCUCGUGUUACUAUGAACGCCGGUGAGUAUUGUUGUAUGACUAUGCCACCGAUAUUGUUUUGUACACAUGUUGAAAUGUUUAAAAUAUGCUUAGAUUGUUUAAUGUCAUUCAGUUUAUAUUUGCUUUCAGUACAUUUCGGAGCAUAUAUCUAAGCAUAUUAAACAUAUUUCAGAAGUAUUACAUUUAUAAAGGCGAAAAUGUCAUGAAAUGCUAAUAUAUUAAUAUUGUAUUAAUAAAAAUAACAGUAAAACAUGAUAAUUAUUAUAACAGAUAAAAAUAAGA